AUGUCUAACAGAGACACCUCAAUCAGUAAAAGCCAAGCUAAAAGUAUUAAUAAAAUCAAAUCCGAAAGCACAGAUAAUGAAAGGCAACCUUGUUUAGAUCGUGUAUAUGAUAGUAUCCCAAGUCUACGCAAUCUAUUUAAAAUUAUAAGAAAAGUUGGCGAAGGUACAUUUAGUAAAGUGUAUCUGGCAGAAUUACUCGAAGUGCCCAAUAAUUUUUUCGCCUUGAAACAUUUGGUGCCUACGUCUUCACCUAAAAGGGUAGAAAACGAAUUACGUUGUCUCCAUGAACUUCGAGGGCAAAAUAAUAUCAUUGAUGUUAAAGCCUGUAUUCGUCAUGAAGACAAUAUUGCUCUAGUAAUGCCGUACAUUCCACAUGAAAAAUUUCAGGACUACGUAUAUAAAAUGUCUGCUACAGAUACUAGAAAUUAUAUGAGAAACUUAUUUAUUGCAUUAAAACAUGUCCAUUCCCAUUCAAUAAUUCAUCGAGAUAUUAAACCAAGCAACUUUUUAUUAUCAAGCGAUACGGGAAAAUAUUUCUUGUUGGACUUUGGGCUUGCUCAAAAUGCACCCCAAAUGCCAACGGAUGUAGUACAUAAUGAAAAUAAGUGCCCACAAAAAGCAACAGAUUGUACAUCUUUACACGGUGCUGAUCAAAUAUGUAACCUAUGUAUAGCAAAGAGAGAGCAAAAAGCCCCUCGUGAAGGUACACCAGGCUUUCGUCCGCCGGAAGUAUUGCUGAGAUAUCCCCAUCAAACAACAGCCAUUGACAUUUGGUCUGCUGGAGUUGUGUUGUUGAGUAUUUUAAGUGCUCACUACCCAUUCUUUAAAGCCGAGGAUGACAUGACUGCCUUAGCACAGAUUAUGAGCAUCACUGGAAGCAAAGAAAUGGCUGCUACGGCUAAAAGUCUUGGCAAAAGGAUAUCUAAUAAUCCAGAAAUCCCACCUUUAGACCUCAAGACUGUGUGUACUAAACUUCGUCGUAAUCGUAGCAAUGUAUUGACUUCAAGUAGUACCAGCAAUGUCAAUUCUGAUGAAUUUAGUACUUAUAACCCUACGACAACUAACGAAAUCAUGUUUCCGGAUUCAGCUUAUGAUCUAGCAAAACGUUGUAUAGAUUUAGAUCCUGCUUCUCGAAUUACUGCUGCUGAAGCAUUAAAACAUCCAUUCUUGAGCACAGAUAGUCAUUCUGAAUGA